GCGACCUCACUGGGAGGAAGUUGCAGCGCAGGCAGUUCGGGUAACUCCGUAAGAAAAGGAAAAAAAAUAAAAAUAAUAGAAAAAAGCACGGAGGCGCGAGCGGCGCGGAUCUGCGGGGCCGCGGGUUACGGGAGGUUUCUGCGCCGCGCGGAGGGAGACCCGGGGGAGCGCGCGGUGCCUCCGCCACCGGAAUGAUGGAGGAUUCCCAUUUCAACUCCUACUUCUGGUCUCCAGUUCAAGGACAGAUUGAGAAUGCUGUGUUUCUCAACAAGGUCAAGGAGCAGCUUGGGCAGGACAAAAACCCCGCCUACCCGCAUGGCUCCACCCACUACCCCACCACAGCAGUGGUUGCAGUUGCUGGUGGGGUUCCCAUGGACGCAGCAUCCAGUGGGCGGGCACUGAAACAGGAACAGUCACACCCUCCCCAUUCCUCCCACAGCAUCACAGUGCUGCCCGUACCCUCCACUGGAAUCAUGACCGCAGCGGGGCUGGUCACUCUGGUCUCUCCGGUAUCGUCCGCACCAUCUCUGAUCCCCGGACAUCCGACAACAACCAUGAUCACGUUACACACAGCAGAUAAGAAAGAGGACGGCAUGUCCUGCCCCCCAGUCGUCAUACCCGUACCAUCAAAGAGGGGCAGGAAGAAGAAAUGCACCAUACCGCUGGUGGGCUCAACAACAGGAGGACAGACGCUCACGCUCAGCCAUCUACCUGGACAGCACCAUCCCGGCAACUCCUACAAUCUGUCAGUGGAAGACGGACACCCUGGAAAAGAGAAAACCUACAGGUGCCGGAUGUGCGGCCUGACGUUCUGCAAUAAGUCAGACAUGCAGCUGCACUCCAAGUCUCACACGGAGGUGAAGGCGCACCAGUGUCCGCACUGCUCCAAAUCCUUCGCUAACUCCAGCUACCUGGCGCAGCACAUCCGCAUCCACAGCGGCGCUAAGCCCUACAUCUGCUCCUACUGCCAGAAGGCGUUCAGGCAGCUCAGUCACUUACAGCAGCACACACGAAAUCACACUGAAUCGAAGCCUCACAAGUGUCCUCACUGCACGAAGUCGUUUGCUAACACCAGCUACCUGGCUCAACACGUGCGAAUCCACACGGGCGUGAAGCCCUACAUCUGCUCCUACUGCCAGAAAACCUUCAGGCAGCUCAGCCACCUACAGCAGCAUCACAGAAUCCACACAGGAGACCGGCCGUAUAAAUGUGCCCAGCCGGGCUGUGAGAAAUCCUUCACUCAGCUGUCAAAUCUCCAGUCUCACCGCCGGCAGCACAACAAAGACAAGCCAUACAAGUGCCACCACUGUAACCGCGGGUAUGUCGAUGCAGCGAGUCUCGAGGUUCAUCUGUCAACCCACACAGUGAAACACGCCAAGCUCUACUCCUGCGGCUUAUGCAAUCGCACCUACACUUCGCCAUUGACCUGUCCACCCGCCCACCAGGAGACAUACUUGAUGAAGCACAUGCACAAACACUCGCCGGACUUAGUGCCCACCCCGCCGGUUCCAGCGCCGGCCCAGCAGAACCACAGCCCCGGCCAGGCCGGCUCAGCGGCGGCAGCAGUGGCAGGAGGAGGAGGAGGAGGAGGAGGCAGAGAAGGAGCUCCUGAUAGAAACCGGCCAGAAAGGACUGAUGCCUAUCCCCCGCCAAACGCUGUACCGUGUGUUUUUGACUUGCACCAGUACAAACCAGUGACUGCGCAGAACAUCCAGUAUAAAACAGUCAGCGUGGCUGAUCUCUCCCCUCAUAAAGACCUCUGCAUCACUGUAGAAACCUCCGCCAUACAGGUGGAGCAACACCUCAACUCGUGAGGAAGAACGGACCUGACGUACGACGGAAACACACGAAAUGAGACAAUGACUGUAUUACAGAAACGGAAGCUGUGCGAAAGGAAUAUAAUUUUCUUGCCAGGCCGGAACUGUAUUAUUGGAAUUGGAAUAUUACUGUAUUUUUCUCACUAUAAGGCGCACCUGAAUUAUGAGCUGCAUUUUAAGAGACACUAUAAGGAACUUCUAUAAUUAGACUGGGGGCUGCAACGAUGAGUCGAUAUAAUCGACAAUGUCGAUUAUUUAAUUUUGUCGACUACAAAUUUCAUUAUCGACUAAUCGUUCAUUUGUAACAGUUACGCAUUACACAAAGUGCUGGGGACAAAUAAAAAAACACAGUGGGAGGUAAAAGGGUAAAUGUGUGUGUCUCCAAAAGUGCCCAAACACAACAGAUUACGUAUAAAUAUCAGUACUUUCCACAUUUAAACAACAUCUAGACGUUCAAAUGCUUUUUAAAUCUCAUGUUCAGCUGUUUCAAUUGUUUUUACAGCUGGAGGACGUAAGAAAUAAUCAUUGACUAAUCGACUAAUCGGAAAAAUAAUCAUUAGACAGAUUAGUCAACUAGAAAAAUAAUCAUUAGUUGCAGCCCUACUUCUAAUUCACUUUAAUGUCAGAUAAGUGCUGGAUGUUAAUCUACACAGAUUUAUCUCCUGAAAACUGUUUAAUUUAUUUGUGUGAGUAAAGCGCUUCUGUUUAUUUACAGUAAGCUUAGAUUACCAAAUUUCUCCGAGCACUAAGGCUGGAGCAUUAGCAUUAGCAUUGGCGGCUAUCCGCUAGCACUCGACAGCGCUACACUAAUGAACCCUGAUGAGUGUUUAUGGUAAGCUAGGGAGUUAUUAGUUAGCGGUUUGUCAAAUGCAUCUUGUUUUAACACAGUAAACAUGCAGGAUACAUUCUGAUAUACUCUCCUCUGAACAAGAGCGAAAGAGCUAGCGCUUAGCAUGGUUAGUGGCUAAUGCUAAUGCUGCUCCAGCAGUGCUUGCCGGGGGAUAGGAGCAGGCUAUAGUUUAAUAAUACUCACUUCUGAGUAGAGAAAUAGUGAUUAGCGGCUAAUGCUAAUAUUAAUGCUAAUGCUACUACAGUCUCGGAGUGAAGUAGCUUUACUGCUCCUUAAAACUUGACUGGUAGAAUUUUAUACAUAAGGAACACUGAUGAUUUUUGGGAAAAUGAAAUGAUUUUAAGUGCGCCUUAUAGUGCGAAAAAUACGCUACUUUAUGUAGUUGAUUAUUAUUCUUUUUUUUUACUUUUUAACUUUUUAUUUUCUCCUCAUAAAUAUCCCGCUCUUCCGUUAAAGUCUUCAGUAAAACACAGGGCUGUGUGUCUGAUUACACAAACCCCUUCCAGCCACUUACAAAUACCUUUGACAGACCUGCGAAAGACCUUUUAAAACGCCUUUGUUUUACGUUAAAAGGAAUUCCACUAAUUUUACACAUUUUGUUGAGAUAAAAACAGCUUCAGAUAGAGUGGUUUGGUGGUGUGAGUUUUUGUAUGUGAUGUUGGUUAAGGUUUCUUUGGGGAGUUUUUAUGUUUCGCUAAACAUAAAUGCCUAUUCGCUCCAAAUGUACAACAUAUGUGUAUAUAUUAAGUUUUGACAGAAAAACAGCCUUUUUUUUAUCUCUGACUCCCAAGUUUUCUAUUGUAUCCUGGUACCUUCUGUUCACAUACUGUUAGUGUCUUUCCCACUUUUUACACACAUUUGUGUGUAGUCAUUCUCCCCAGGCUUUAAAUGUCUCUGAAUUAUAGCUCUGGAAAAAAUGAAGAUUUAGAGCAUUUAUUAAAGAAAAUGAGAAAUGUCUGAAAUAACAAAAAAGAUGCAGAGCUUUCAGACCUCAAAUAAUGCAAAGAAAACAAGAAGUUCAUAUUCAUAAAGUUUUAAGAUUUCAGAAAUAAUCAGUAUUUGGUGGAAUAACCCUGGUUCUGUUUUUUAAUCACAGUUUUUAUUUCAUGCAUCUUGGCAUCAUGUUCUCCUCCUCCACCAGUCUUACACACUGCUUUUGGAUAACUUUAUGCUGCUUUACUCCUGGUGCAAAAAUUCAAGCAGUUCUCAUAAUUUUUCAUAAUUUUUAAGUGGUCUCUUUUUUUUCCCCACAGUCAGUGUAUUUAACAAAUCAUUUUUUAUGUGUACUCAGAUAAGUUCACUUAACUUUUUUUAUGUUUAAUUUGAUUAAGUAGACACACUUAAAAUAAGUCGACAUUAAAAAAUGUACUCAGUUUCAGACUCAAGAUCAUUUAAAAGGCAUUAAACUUUUUAAUGUUUUAAUAUUUUCCAUUUACCACCACUGUGAACGAAUCCACCCAUUGCAAAUUCCACAUCAAACCACUCUGAAUGACUUUGGUUAACGUGUUUUUCAACAAAACAAUUUGUGGAAUUCUUCUUUUAUUGUGUGUUCAGUCAGCUGUAGAUCUGUAUCUACUCUUUUUUUACAGAAUAUGAUUUUUUCCAUAUUCGUCAAUGUUUGUCAGACUGUAUGUGCAAAUAUCUGGAGUAUGUUAAACGCAACAUGCAUGUGGUAUUUGGUCUUUUUCAUUGGAAACUAUGGAUUCUGCUAUGAAUGUUCUUGACCUAAACAGUCUUCUGAAAUCUGUGGAUGAUGAUGAUGAUGAUGAUGAUGAUGAGAUUGAUGAUAACACUCUUACUAUUUUUAGACCAUCACUUCCUCAUCUUAGUGUUUUAACAACCCUUGUAAUUGACCCUGAGCUCCAUCCUGGGCAUAAAGAUGAUAAAACCUAAAAUAAAAGUAAAAAAUCCUCCAUUCCCCAAAAUAAUCAUAAUGAUGAUUGGACAGUGUGUUCACCCAGCACCCAGCCAUUGUUGACUGUUGACUGUUGCUACACAGUACCUGAAUGUACAGGUUCUCCCCCUCCCUUCCUCCAGGCCCAUAUCCUGUAUUAUUACACUUGUGUGGUUUUUAUGCACCAAAAGAAUGUCCUAAUUCAUCUAUUAAACUUUUUUUUUAUUA